GUCGCAGAAAAUAUUGCGCCCGUCUGACAUUGUCUCUUCUCCUUUCGCUCGCGACCAGCACUUUUCUUUGGCUUUUUUUUUCCAUCGUUCGAGUUUCGAUGCAACCAUCAAUCUCAGGCGCUUCUGAUGAAAUAUAGUAUUUCACUAUGAUCGACUCCUCAACUCCCCUCCGUCUGUGGACGACGAGUACCCUCGCAGUGUUGGCUGUAAACCCCCCUGCUGGUCCAGUUCUUACAGGAAGCUGAACUCGCUAGUAUUUAUUUGCCCGAAUUGCCUACAACCUCUACUUCCACCCACUGUCAGCGAUCCCUGGUCCCCGUGCAUGGGCCGCAUCGCGCCUCCCCUAUAUCUACGCCCUGAUCAGGGGAACCAUCAUCCAAGAUAUCCAAUCCCUCCACGAGAAAUAUGGGCCUAUUAUCCGGAUCGCUCCAAACGAAGUGACAUUCGCCCACCCCGAUGCUUAUAAAGAUAUUCUCCAGGCCGACCAGAAUAAAACUCAGCAGGGACGGUUCCUCAAAGACCCCCUGUGGUGGGGGCGGCAACCGGGCCAUCCGGAUUCGCUGCUCAGCGUGAUCAGCCCGGACAAACACGCGCAGAUGCGUCGUGUGCUCAGCCCAGGCUUCACGGCGCAGGCGCUGCGCGAUCAGGAGCCGCUUAUUCAGAAAUAUGUCAAUUUGCUUAUUUCGCAACUCCAGGAUCUGGCUGGUGGCGAUGGAAAUGGGAAUAGCAUCGCCCAGGUAAACAUGACGCCGUGGUUUAAUUAUACCACUUUCGAUAUCUUUGGCGAUCUGGGCUAUGGGGAGCCGUUUAACUGUCUGCAGGACUCGAAAUAUCAUCCAUGGAUCUCACUACUUUUUGACAAUGUCAAGGCGGCGGGGUUUGUGAUCUCUACGAGGUUCUACCCGCUUGCCCAGUAUAUCCUCAUGAAGUGUAUCCCGGAAUCUAUAAAGAAGACGCAGCGAGACCACUACCAGCAGGUUGUUAAUAAGGUGGACCGGCGCCUGAGUUGGGAACUACAACGGCCAGACUUGAUGUCUCACGUCAUCAACAAGGAUGGUGAGCUGCGGAUGGAUGCUGGUGAGAUGUACGCGACCUUUAUGAUUCUGACUACGGUCGGAAGUGAAACAACGGCUACUGCGUUGACGGGGACGCUGAAUUACCUGGUGAAUCAUGGUCCUGAGAGUCUGAGGAAAUUAGAGGGGGAAGUAAGAGGUGCGUUUUCGAGCCUGGAGGAUAUCACGCUUGAUGGUGUGCGCAACCUUCCUUUCCUCAAUGCCGUUAUAAACGAGGGGCUUCGGCUGUGCCCUCCUGUUCCAUGGAUAUUGGGACGCCUUGUUCCUGAAGGUGGAGGGGUAGUAUGUGGCCAGUGGCUUCCAGGCGGGACCUCCAUCUCAAUCCAAGCCUACACACUAAACCGCUCCGCAACACUCUUUUGCAACUCUACAGCCUUUAAACCCGAACGCUGGCUCCAAAAUGCGUCCACCGACCCAGUCUCACCAUUUUUCAACGACCAGCGCAGUGCCGUUCAGCCAUUCACCACUGGACCCAGUGUAUGUCUCGGGCAGCACCUCGCAUGGGCCGAGAUGCGGCUGAUCCUGGCGAAGCUAAUCUGGGCGUUUGAUUUCUCGGCACUUGAGGGGCAGAGUGUGCGGUGGGAGGAUCUGCGGACGUAUCUUUUGGUUGAGAGGAAGCCUAUUAAUGUGGGAAUUCGAGUGCGCGAGGCGCAGCAGGCGGGGAUUUGAAUCAACCGAUCCCUGUCUGAAUUCUUCCCGAAUUGCCUAUGUCGAUCCAAUAUGAUUGGCGCAGAUCACCAGAAUCAAGGAAAGAGGGGUUUGAAUAAGAUUGAGCCUCCUGAUGAUUCUGUUUUAUACUUGUAGCCACCGAGAUAGAUAGAAACUAUUCUGAAGAUGGCGUUUAUACUGCCUCUUUGGUCUGACCUUAAUUCUUAUCUACAACAUCCCCCUACUGGUCUACCGUCUCUACUUCUCCCCACUCGCCAAGAUCCCCGGCUCGAAGCUCGCCGCUGUAAUGGCUGGUACGAGUUGUACUUUGACUACUGGAAGAGUGGCAAGUCUCUGUUUGAGAUUGAGCGAAUGCACAAGGUCGAUGGUAUGUCCAUAACACAUUCCUUCUCUUCUCCCGAUCAAGGAUACCGGACACCAGACCAAUUGAACCAAAUAAUGUAUUAGACAGGCCCUAUCAUCCGUAUCAACCCCGCCGAACUAGCUCGCUCACCCCGGAUACGCGGCGAUCAGUCUGACUAAUGACCUCUACUCGUGGGACAAGGAGCAAGCGGAGGCCAGCGGGCAGGGCUCGACUCUGUGUACUACGCCAUCUAGGUGAUUGUGAAC